AUUUUAUCACAUUCAUGACAAUUUUCAACAGGGUAGAUAGUUUGAUAGCAUCCCUGCAAGUGCCUAUUUUUCGUGAAUGAUGAUCUCGAUGAAUUAGAUUCUGUUUUAUUGGGAAUAAAUUCCUGACCGAAUUGAAAUUUGUCGGUGCGAUGAGUGAUGAUAAGCAAAGUUGGUGCUAAAACAAUGACAAGAAAAUUCCAGCGUUGAAUAUCUUGAAUCGUUUCUAACUUCGAAGAUUGACGAGUUUUAUUUUCGCUGCUUCAGCUGCAUUGAGUUGGAGUGAAGUCUACUGUGCUUCUGAUUUAUUUUUCUGUCUUCUUCAGCUGCCAGCGAAACCUUCUUUGAUAAUCAUUUUGAUCUAGGGAUGGCUCUUCCCGGUUCUCUGCAGCUGUCCCAUGAUUUCGGACAUUGCAAGAACCUGGGCUGCUAUAACCAACAUACAGUACCGAGGAUAAUGUAUAGAACCAAGUUACAUUUAUCAAGUGCAGCUCCCUUGUAUCAUGUUUCGUUUCUGAAGCAGGAUUGCUGGAGAACUCAACUCUUUUGCAAUAUAAAUAGCCCAGUACAUUCCUUAUUUUCCAAAUCCCAUGCUUUUAAGUGUCAUUCUUUUCUAGGACAAGGCCCACGAAGUGAGCUACCUAUUUUUAAGGGGGCAGCCACAGCACUGGCAAGGUCUUAUAAUCUAUUACAAUGUAGUCCUGUCACAGUAAAGUUGAUUCCAGCCAUUGGCACGAUCAUUUUUGCAUUGUGGGGUGUGGCCCCAUUAAUUUACCACACAAGAAAACGGCUUCUUCAGAGGAGCGACAGUAGUUGGAAGAAAAGUAGCACACAUUAUGUAGUAACUUCUUACAUUCAGCCAUUACUGUUAUGGACGGGAGCUAUACUUAUUUGCAGAGCCUUAGACCCAUUAAAUUUGCCUUCAGAAGCAGCUCAGGUUGUCAAGGAACGGCUUUUGAGUUUUGUACGGUCAUUGUCAACUGUACUUGCCUUUGCCUAUUGUUUAUCAUGUGUGAUUCAACAAGCACAGAAAUUCUUCAUGGAGAGUGCAGCUAAUGCCUGUGAGACAAGAAAUAUGGGAUUCCAAUUUGCAGGCAAAGCUGUUUAUUCUGCAGUAUGGAUUGCUGCCUUCUCUUUGUUCAUGGAGUUGCUGGGCUUUUCUACUCAGAGGUGGGUUACUGCAGGAGGUCUCGGGACUGUUUUGCUGACUCUUGCUGGUCGUGAGAUAUUUACAAACUUCCUUUCAAGUGCAAUAAUUCAUGCAACUCGGCCUUUUGUGGUGAAUGAAUGGAUUCAAACUAAGGUCGAAGGAUAUGAAGUUUCUGGUACUGUGGAGCAUGUUGGCUGGUGGUCACCGACAAUUGUACGUGGUGAAAAUCGUGAAGCUGUUUACAUUCCAAAUCACAAGUUCACAAUGAACGUUGUGCGAAACCUCAGUCAGAAAACACAUUGGCGCUUCAAGACCCACCUGGCUAUUAGCCAUAUGGAUGUUAAUAAGAUAAAUAACAUUGUUGCUGACAUGAGAAAAGUCUUGGCCAAAAGUCCUCAAGUUGAGCAGCAGAAGCUGCACAGGAGAGUGUUUCUGGACAAUAUAGAUCCUGAAAACCAGGCUCUUUUGAUAUUGGUGUCCUGUUUUGUCAAGACCUCACACCACGAAGAAUUUUUGUGUGUUAAGGAAGCUUUACUAUUGGAUCUUCUUAGGGUUAUUGGCCAUCACCGUGCCCGACUUGCAACACCAGUUCGUACACUGCAGAAAAUUUACAGUGAUGCUGACUUGGAGAACAUACCUUAUGUGGGAUCUGUAUUUGGUGGUACUGGAACAGUAUCAAACCGUCCAAUAAUUAUAGAACCACCUUACAAAAUCAAAGCAGAUGAUACGGCAAAAGGCCGAUCAGCACGCCCAUCCAACGAAGGAGAUAACAAGACAGCUGCGCAAACCAAGGUUGGACCAACGGCGCCAGAUUCUAAGGUCAGAGAAGCUCAUUCUGACUCCAAGGUAGACGUUGAAGCUGUGAUAUCUAAUUCUGAUGCAACCGGAAACUCGAAGGUUGCCUUCACAUCCAAACCUGAUCCCCAAGUGGGUGAAAAUGAGCCAAUUAAAAUGGAGCCUGAUAGCUUCUUAAAGGAAAACCUGGAGGCGCCACAUAUGUCUGCAUCCAACUCCAAAGCAACUGGAGCUGCAGUAAAUAACAUGACCGAGAGGAAUCCUGAUGUCAUACCAUCAAAGAAUUCUGUCAAAGGAGGUGGACGUCCUAAGAGCAUGCCAACAAAACAGCAAGAUGAAAUGAAAUCAACUGGCCAGUCUCAUACAUCUAGGCCUGCCCUUGAAGAGAAUAUAGUACUUGGGGUAGCAUUGGAGGGAUCAAAGAGAACCCUUCCGAUUGAGGAGGGAAUGAAUUCAUCUACUGCACGAGAGGUAAAAGAAAUGGCUGCCCAGGGUGGAAAUAGAUCCCUGGCAGCUGAGAAUGGGAAAGAUAAGUGAGAUUUUAUUUGCUUCAGGUGAAAGACCUGGUAUAAUGAUGAAACCAAUUUACAGUUUCUAGGCUCAUAGUUUUUGGUUCUGUUCGCAACUUUGAUUCAAAACCCCACUGGAAGCUGUAUAUAUUCACCUACUAUGUAUAUAAAGGGACCAAGCUACAGUCACGUGAUUCAUUUACCUUCGCUUCUACUAGCAAGGUAUGAAUUUAAUGAUAUAAUUCUCCUGAUA